AUUACAUCUAUUCCUACUGCUGAACCAAACAAUACCUACUAAUGAACCCGUAAAAGGGUGAGAUCAUAAAUUUUUUUAAAAAAACAAACACUAAAAAAUGCAAAUCGAGGGCGAAAUCGACGAAGACGACACGAUCUGCAUCGACAGCUCCUUCUUCGUCGAUCGAAGCUACGAGCUCACCACCUUCACCUUCGGAUCUCACGUGCUUCAGCUCUUUUGCCUUCGAUCCGCUUCUACGGACUAUGAUCUUACUGGGCAGUUAGUAUGGCCAGGUGCAGUUCUUCUAAACAAUUUCCUCUCGCUGCAUGCUGAAAUUCUCGAAGGCCGUUCGGUGAUCGAAUUAGGAUCUGGAGUUGGCAUUACCGGCAUACUGUGCAGUCGGUUGUGCCGGGAGGUUGUCUUGACCGAUCAUAAUGAAGAAGUUCUUGAGAUCAUUAAGAAGAACAUAGAACUUCAGUCAUCGCUGGGUAAUCCAGGAUCGACAGGGCUCAAAGCUGAGAAGCUAGAGUGGGGAAAUGUUGAUCAGAUUAGCCAAAUCUUGGAGAGACAUCCGAGGGGAUUUGACCUCAUUCUUGGAGCUGAUAUUUGCUUUCAACAGUCGAGCGUUCCUCCUCUCUUUGACACGGUAGAGAAGCUUCUGCGCACCCAGGGGAGCAAAUGCAGAUUCAUUUUGGCCUACAUAUCUCGAGCUAAGAAUAUGGAUACAGUUAUAGUCGAUGAGGCAGUUCAGCGCGGAAUGCGGAUCGACGAAGUCGACGGGGCGAGAACAACCGUAGCGAACCUCGAGGGAGUCAUAUUCGAAAUUACCCUCAAAUGAUGCAUUUCGAUCGGAAACGCCGUUGUCAAGUAACUUACUCUUCCACUCCUUUUCUUUGAAAUCGCAAAGAUGUGCUCAACUAGUGUUGUCAUUUGAACAUGGGUGCUGAAUAUAUUAGAAGGAAUUGGAGUGGUGUUUUGCCGAAAUGCAGAAAACCCCCUGAAUGGUUGGAAAUU